AACGAAUUUAGAUUCCAGUACCCGUUCUUUCUCUCGCCCAAGUUCUUCGCACGGAAGGAAAGAAAUCCUCGCUGCAAAUCUUCACGCUGAAAGGAAACGAAUUGCCAUUCAUCCCCGAUUCCUCGCAGCGUUGGAUUACGGAAGGAAAGAAUUCCCAGCGGCCAAACUCAGAGUAAAUUUGGCCGGUAGGCUUCCAGUGGACGGCAGCAGACUCGGAUCUUCAUCCUCACUCAUUGGAAAUCUGUAUUCAUAAGGGAAGCCGAAAUUCUAAAGAGCACUGAUUUUGAUAAGUUUUUUAUCCAUCUCGAUUGGGAUUAUUUAACAAUUUCUAGGAUUUUUUGUUGCUGUCUCGAUUCCAAUUACUAUUUUAGUUAUAUCCUAGAGUUGGUCAAAGAUUAGUAUGUUGUAUUCAUUAUUUAUUAUUUGCUUCAAAAAGUGAUUAUUUUGCAUAAUUUUUAAUUUCAGACUGGUUCUGAUGAUAUUCCUUUCAAUUUAGCAUUUAAAGAUGUCAUCUUCCGCAGAAGUUGGAGUUUAGAUGUUGAAAUGCUCCUUGGGGCCAUUCAGAGCAAAGUGGAUGAAGAAGAGUUGGUCAUCAUACAGUUCAAGAUAUGCUGCCCACAAUUAGAUGAAGGGACAUGUGUUUAUGUGAUUGGUAGCUCUUUAAAGCUGGGUCAAUGGAAGGUUCAAAAUGGAGUGAAGCUCAAUUACUCGGGUGACUCAUUUUGGCAAGCAGAUUGUGUGAUGGGAAAAGAUGACUUUCCUUUGAAAUAUCCUUUAGGUGCCUUCAUGAUAGGCAUGCAUGCUCUGAUUGGGCCUUAAUUUAGCAAUUCCUAUUACUACAUUAUCUCACCAAUCAAUCUUCCUUAAUGAUUUUUACAUACAAGUACUGCAAAUAUAGGAAGGGCGGAGCACUAUCGUUGGAACAUGGUGCUAAUCGGGAGCUUUCUCUUGACUUCACUAAUAGUAGUCAACCAAAAUAUGUGAUCCUUUCAGAUGGAAUGAUGCGGGUAAUCCCUUAACAAUAUAUGUCUUUUAAUCUCUUGGAUCUCUCCGUGUUAGAGUGUUAGAUCUUAAUCUGUCCUAACUCAUCCCAAAAGGAUCUCCAAGAGGUGAGGUAUGGGAUACCUUGAGUCCCUUGACAUUGCAUAAUGUUGACAGUAGCAGGAUUUUUUUAUACCAUUUUAACAAUAUAUGUCUUUUAAUCUCUUGGAUCUCUCCGUGUUAGAGUGUUAGAUCUUAAUCUGUCCUAACUCAUCCCAAAAGGAUCUCCAAGAGGUGAGGUAUGGGAUACCUUGAGUCCCUUGACAUUGCAUAAUGUUGACAGUAGCAGGAUUUUUUUAUACCAUUUUAAAUUAGCCCUAAUGCUUAUGCACAUUGAACUACACUCCAAAAAUCCUCUACAAAUGAGGUUUAUCUAACACUUAAGCAAUACACUCAGACCCAGUGAAUGACGAAUGUGUGAUGCUCAACAGUAAAUGAUGAAGUAUGAACUGAAAAGGGACAUGAUUUUCUAUGUUAAAAGGAAUUUCCUUGGAGAGGCGUGGGUGUUGCAAUCUCGAUGUUCAAUGUGAGAUCUGAAGCUGAUGUAGGAGUUGGGGAUUUUUUGUUGCUGUCUCGAUUCCAAUUACUAUUUUAGUUCAUCAAACAGAAAGAUUUAUUUUUUGCUGGUGGGAUUUAAAGCUUCUAAUUGCCGAUAUUCAGUGAACAAGCAAAGAUUUCAUUUUUUAACUUAGAUUUUAUUCUACAAAUAGAGAAUGAAUAUUAAUGUGGAAAAUACUAAUUUCACAGAUUCUUUAGUAGCAAGAGACCAGCAAAUAGUAAUAAAAUAAUAUUGUAUGCCUUAUAAACAAUAAAAUUGUAUAGCUCAUAGUCCUUGGAAGUUAUAAUUCUUCCUCUUAUUCACUGAUAAUCCUCGGAUAUUAUUUUGUCAAUUUCUCCUCUAAUGGAAACACAGUGAUAACUCAUCGGGAUAUGCGUUAAUUAAAUUGGAAUGUGAAGGGCGGGUCACCACACUCUAUGCAGAAUCUCAAAGUACAGAGAGAAAAAGUUGCAGGUCAAUAUUUUUUCUUAAUUAAAUAAAUUUUUUAACUUAUUUUCAUUGCUCUCCCUCAAUGACGACAAGAACCAAUCUUUGCCUUUACGACAAGCCAACCAGCAUGACUUUUGCUCUCCUUUACAAAUUCCUAAAGGUAUGCUCUGUCCAAAAUUUAUUAUCCACUUCUAUUUCGCUUCUCCUUCACACAUAUAAGCUUUGUAAACAUUAUCUCGGAAUUAGAAGAGAUAAAAUUGUGUCUGAGCAAAUAAAUUCUUUAAUAUAAAAUUUGAGAGUUUAUACUCUCAGAAGCUGCCAUUUGGCAUUUUGAAGGCACCAUUUUUUGACACGU